UGAUCGUGUAAGGGCCACAAUAAGAGUACAUUAAUCCUUAUUUAGCUUCUAUUACCGUGUUGAUUGAGCGCUUUUCUAUACAUAUUUUUUAAAUAAUACUCUAGUGAACCUUUCAGCAUAAGGAAUGAAAUUUUAUUCUAAUAUUAUUAUAUCCGGAAUUUAUCUGAAUGCUGAUAUUUUGGAUGGAGUUUAUCAGUUUUGAAAAUAUUUGUCGAUGUUGUUUAAGCAACACCGAGGAUUUUUCUUCAAUCUUCGAAAUCUACAACGAUUAUUAUAUGCCAAAAGUAAUCAAUGUUUGCACAGGAUUAUCGAUUCACCAAAAUGAUGGACUACCCGGCGUGGUAUGUCAGUCAUGUCUGCUGAAACUAGUCACUGCUUAUGAAACCCGACGCCUUUUCAUUCGAUCAAAUAAUCAUUUGAAAGAGCAACUGAAUCAUUUGAAGCUAUCUGAACAGGAGAUAUUGAUAGAACUCAGUACUACUGCUGAGAAAUGCAUAGCAGCUUCUGCAGACAAUGCCGAACUAUUACCAUCGGUUGAGAAUAUACUUGACGAAGCACCAAUAACAACCUGGGAUAACGAAAUAAAUUUGCACAUUGAGCAACUGCAGGAUGGUACCAACGAAUUGGCGGCGAAUGUUGAGGAUUGUUUAGAUGAGUUAAUAAUUGAAAAAUACGAAAAUUUAGAAAAGAAUGGUUACAACUUUCCGGUGGUCGAAUCAACAGUUGAGGAUGUUAAAAAUGAUCAAGAAUCACUUGAUUUUCCCAUGAAAGUUGAAAGCAGUUCCCUAUUUGUAAACGAAGAAGAGCAAUGUUCGGAAACAGAUUUUCCAUCUUACUCAGAUGGAAAUGAAGAUGCAAAAGAAGUUGAUUGCAAGGAGGAAGCGACUUCUGCUGAAACCAACGUGAAGGAUGUCCCGCAAAACUGUUCUAUUUGCGGCAAAACCUAUCGAAAUGGACGUCUUUUACAGAGACAUAUUCAAUAUCACAAUACUAACAAGAGUGAUUGUCCCAUAUGUUCCAGAAGUUUUACACAUACUAGUAACCUAAAACGGCACCUGCAGUCCCACAAACCGCCCGUGGAAGGAUUUACUUGUUCAAUAUGUUCACGAAAUUUCGAAAAAGGAGCUCAACUGUACGAUCAUUUGAAGCUACACAAACCGGCUCUUGAUGAGUCAACCUCCUAUACAAUGCAUUGUGAUAGUUGCGGAAUGGAAACAACUUCGUUUGCUGGUUUUGUAGCACAUAUGGCCGAAGAACAUGGUGUACCGAAAGAGAAGGUGAAAGCCUUCCAAUGUCAUCUUUGUACCCUACGUUUUGUUUCUAAACAAGGCAUGGUUAGGCAUAUUCAGAGUGUCCAUGAAAACAUAAAACCAGUACAGAAGUGCUCCUCGAAAAAAUUUCUCUGCACCGAAUGCGGCAAAUGUUUUCAGCGAAUGCGUCACUUAGAAGCGCACACCAACUCGCACAAUGGCCUAAAGCCGUAUGUUUGCGAUUGUGGUCUAUCGUUUGCCCAACAAUCGGGACUGAAUCUUCACAUCCGGUCGAAGCAUGAAAAUCGCAGGUCAUAUCAGUGUAAAAUCUGCAACAAAUCUUUUGCUCAAUCCACACAUUUGAAACAUCAUGAGUUGAUUCACAGUAAUCGUAAGGAACACGAAUGCACGGUUUGCAAACAUCGUUUUCGAGUGAAGAGUAAUCUUGUGGCUCACAUGCGGAUCCACCGGAAACGGCCGUACUGCUGCAGUGAUUGUGGUCGAGAGUUUAUGCAGGGUUCAAAACUAGAACAGCACAUGCUAACAGAACAUGAAGCAGGUUAGCACGUCUGAACAAGUGCAACGUUCAGAACGAUUUGAUGCCAAAGAUAUACCGAAAAAAUCGGGUUUAAUUUAUAUACUUUUAGGUGUGCAAGAUAAAGCUAAAUUUGAACAAAAGUAAACAUUAUUCGAUUAAAUAUU